AUGCUUUUCAGAAAGGUUGCCAUUUUUCGACUUCCAAGUCAACUACGGAGUAUUCAAACUUCGACACAGUGUUUGACGGAACUCAAGCUUACUUUCGCUUCAUCAGGCCAAGCUUUUUACAACAAUGUCGCCGUAAAGCAAGUUGACGUCCCCACUUUAAAUGGUCGUUUUGGUGUUUUGCCUGAACAUGUCCCCACAGUGGGUUGUCUGAAGCCUGGUAUUGUUGCAGUCACUGAAAAUGACGGGAAUGUAAAAAAGUAUUUCGUCAGUAGCGGUAUUGUAACUGUCAAUAGUGACUCAUCUAUUCAAGUUCUUGCCGAAGAAGCAGCUUCACUUGAUCAGUUGGACCUAAAUGCUGUUAAAGAUGGAAUGUCUAGGGCACAAUCCGAGUUGUCGAGCGCUACUACAGAACUGGGGAAGACAGAGGCUCAAAUCGCAGUUGAAGCAUUCGAAGAAAUGUCUCGUGCUCUUCAGGAACAAAGUUAA